AUGCAGGAUGGCCAGUCUGAUUCUCUACCCCCAACGAUAGCCGCCUUCUCCCCUUCCACCAUCUCAGGCUCAGCCCUGACCUCGCGGCAACGCUCCAGCGUCAUCGUGCAUCGCAAAUCACCACUGCUGGUGGCUACGCCGCCGCCCAUCACCAGGGCCCUCGCCUACUCCCAUCCAUUCCUCCUACCACUCAACAAAUUCGCCGGCCUCUUAUCAUGGUCAACAGGGGACCCAUGGCAGAGCUUUCUCCUCGUAGCCACUUUCUGGACAGUGGUAUUGUACAGCGAUGCCAUCAUCCUCUGGGCCGGCCCGAUUCUCGUCGUCAUCGGCUUAAUACUCGGCAUGUACGGACGGCGCUAUUCACCCCUCUCAUCAACAACGUCCACAGGCGAAAAGCACCCGGGCAAGACGUCGACGGACACAACGACCCGCCAUCAGAAAAGUCUGGACGAUAUCGUUGAGACACUCCGCAUUUUCACAACAAGGUGUAAUAUCCUCCUCGAACCGCUGCUCGAUUUGACCGACUUUCUAUCCACGCAGCGCACGGCUACGUCCGCGACCACUCGGCCUGCACUGACUGCCUUAUUCCUUCGUAUCCUCUUGGUGACGCCUAUCUGGAUAGCCUUGACUCUCCCUCCCCUUUACAUAAUUACCACCCGCCGUGUCGUCAUGAUCGUCGGCACUAUAAUUCUGACAUACCACUCGCGCCCGGCCCGAGUCUCGCGCGUUAUUCUCUGGCGUUCGAGGGGUGUCCGCCGACUUUGCGGCAUGAUCACUGGUCUUUCGGUGGCUGAUGGGCCGAGCGCGCAGAAGACGCCCGCCCAAGACCAGGGUCAGGGCCAGGGUUUGAAUAUCGCAACUCGGCGGCGUGGAGAUGCUUCCGGGGUGCGAUUUACUUUUGUCGUGUACGAGAAUCAGCGCCGCUGGCUUGGGAUUGGGUGGACUUAUUCGUUGUUCCCGGCUGAGCGGGCUGCCUGGACUGAUGAACAUUUGAAUUCUGUUCCAGCGAAGGACUCGUUUGAACUUCCUGAUGUUCAAACUGGUGGUUCGAAGUGGCGCUGGGUGGAGGGGAGUGAGUGGCGCAUUGAGGGUGCGGAUAACUCCACGAACGGCAAGGACAAGACGUCUACUGUCGAGGGGUGGAUCUACUAUGAUAACAAGUGGAACGACGGACGCCGUGGCCAAGAUGGCUGGGACCGAUAUACACGCCGAAGAAAAUGGUACCGCGACGCCGAACUUGUCGAACUCCAAGAAGACAGCGAGCCUUCCGAAGAAAACGUCUCAGCCUUAACCCAGGCCCUAGAAAAGGAAAAAGAACAGGGCACCAGUAAAGAGAAAGACUCCGAACAGGAACCCAGCAGCACCAGCGCCGGCCUUUCCAACUCCACGCCUCUCAAGUCUCGCCGCCGACGCUGGUUCAGCAGCGGGAGUAAGGAGAAAGAUCGCGCCAGCAGUGGCGGUGGCGGCGGCGGCAGCACUUCUGCGGAUGUUGGUCGAUCUACCAGCUCGAAUCCGAAUCCGAAUCCGAAUCCAACGCCUUCGGGAGACGGUUCUGUUUCGGAUGGAAGUGCACGUGUGACACCCCCGCGCCCGAUCAGUACUAAUUCCCGCAAGGCCUCGCAGUAUAGCGGUCGUGAGGGAAGCGUCAUGACAAGCGAUAGCGCCAGCGCUAGUACUCGCGAAAAAGAAAUUGCGAGUUCGCAGGAUCGGCUUGAUCGGUGGGGAAUGCGUGCUGCUGGUGGGACAGAGAGGGCGGAGCGGGAGUUUGGAUUGAGCGAUGAGGUGAAUAUGGGAUUGAGUUGA